AUUUAUAUAUAUAGAAUUCUGUGUGACCUUUAUAAAGAUGGGAUGGGACUCAAAUAAAGAAUAGUUCACUUGAUAGAGAAUAUCCAAUCACUGUUUGAAACCUAAGUAUUAACAAAGGAAGUUUGGAAGAUAAUUAUAAAGUUGCAAAGUUAGAGAAAAAGGAGGGUGACAAUAGUGUAGGUAUUGGGCAAUAGUUUGAGGCGUUGGGUUUGUAGCCCAUUGGGCAAUCUUGUUUGAAGUGGGCCUGAAGUCCAAUUGAGAAUAACGCGUGAGACAGAAACAUGCAUCGUGGAAAUCGGUAUAGUAACGAAAAAAUCAAAACGUUAUAUCACCGACCAAACCAACCAACCAAACAGAACAUACAUAAACAGAAGGAAAAGUGUGUUUGUAUCGCAGCGCAGGGUCAGGGAUGGGUCCGAGUAUCUGUUCCUCCCAUGCUUACGCUCACCGUUUCCCCUGCGCAAAUCUGAACCCUAAUUCCCCUCUUCUCCGUCGCCGCACGCAAUUUCUCAGCUUCGCCUCCAAUUCUCCGCCACCCCAGCCUCCUCAGGGAGGGGUCGAGAACGAUGCCACCGUCAAGAAAUCCUUCGCCGUGGCCACCGGCGAGCUUUUCCUGGGGCUGGCGACGCGGCUGAUUAAGAGCCGCAACAGGGUAAGCUCCCCUGCUGGCGAUUCCGCUUCGGUAGCCAUGUUCGAGAAUCCUGGGAAAGUGUACGAGAAAGAGAGAAUCGGCGCGUUGGUGGAGGAUGAGAUCGAUCCCGACGUGGUUUGGGAGCAGAGAGUGAAAGACGUUGAGGCGGAGCGGAAUAGGUAUAGCCGCGUCGUCACCACCCCUGGCUUUAGCUUCUCCGCCGCCGGACUUCUCUUCCCCUACCAUCUCGGGGUUGCCAAGUUUCUCAUUCAAAAUGGUUACAUCAAGGAAACCACACCGUUAGCUGGUUCCUCUGCCGGAGCUAUAGUCUGUGCUGUGAUUGCUUCUGGCGCAAGUAUGGAAGAAGCUCUGCUUGCUACUAAACUAUUGGCUGAAGAUUGUCGGAAUCGGGGGACUGCAUUUCGCCUGGGGGCUGUUCUACGUGACAUUCUUAACAAGUUUUUGCCGGAUGAUGUCCAUAUAAGAUCUAAUGGGAGAGUUCGAGUUGCUGUGACACAGCUUCUUUGGAGACCCAGAGGUUUAUUGGUAGAUCAGUUUGAUUCCAAGGAAGAUCUCAUCAAUGCAGUUUUUACUUCUUCCUUUAUUCCAGGAUAUCUUGCACCAAGGCCAGCAACGAUGUUUCGAAAUCGACUAUGCAUUGAUGGGGGUUUGACAUUGUUUAUGCCACCGACCUCUGCUGCACAAACGGUUCGUGUUUGUGCAUUCCCAGCAAGUCGAUUGGGAUUGCAAGGGAUAGGAAUUAGUCCAGACUGCAAUCCUGAAAACGUGUGUAGCCCACGACAGCUUUUCAACUGGGCACUUGAACCAGCAGAAGACGCAAUUCUUGAUCGACUCUUUGAGCUUGGAUAUCUAGAUGCUGCUGUGUGGGCAAUGGAAAACCCAGUUGAUGUAAUCGUUCAAGAUGACAGUCCUGCGUUUGGAAGUAGCAUUUCAACAUAGAUUGAUGAUAGACUUACACAAUGAACUGCAUAAUGAUAAUUCAUUAUGUUGAUUGAAGAUGCACGAGGAAACUACAAACCAUUGAAUCAAUUGUUUCCUUGAAAUGGAGCAUCAAAUUAAGAAGAACUCAUAGGGAAAAGUUCUCAUAACUAUCGAGAGUAUUAUUCUUGUUUAUUCAUAUUUAUUGUAUAUCGCAAUAGAAUUAGAGCAAAGAAAGAGAAAAAUUGAGUAUAUGUAUUUAAAAUUUACUAGUCAGAAGGUUCAUGUAGUUUGAAAUUUAUAGUGAAUUAUAUAUAGAAUUUAUUGCUAGUUUACCUGAGCAUGACAAUGAUAUGGUACUUUA